UCGGAAACAGAGAGUGAGAGUUCCGACGGGGGAUCAGAUUCUGAAGCUGUUGUGAAGAGUAGAGGAAAGGAGGAUGAAGCUAAGUAAGGCUGAAAUCAAUACAGGGGUGCUUAAAUUUAAAGAAAUGGUUGAGGCUCCUCAGGAGAGACCCGCACCGGAUAAUGAGCCAUCAGUUGGUGAUGCCAUUGCAAAGUAUGUGCAGCAAGGGAAGCGUAUUCCAAGAAGAGGUGAAGUGGGCCUUUCAGCAGAGGAGAUUCUGAAGUUUCAGACCCUAGGGUAUGUCAUGAGUGGUAGUAGGCAUCAGAGAAUGAAUGCCAUUCGUUUUAGGAAAGAAAACCAGGUUUAUGGAGCCGGAGACAAGAGGGCACUGGCCAGUUUAAGCCUCUCUGGAGGCCUUGAUAGUUUUUUGGCUUCAGGACAAGAGCUAUUAACCAGUUACCAAUCAGCCCUUUUCGCGAAUUCAGCUGCACCGGUGUGAGAUAUCAAGGAUUUACCCUGUGAUAUGGACACACCAAGCACAGACAGAACCAUCUCUCUGAAAGAUAAUUUCUAUUUUGUUUCUAUUCCACCAAAUAGAAUUCUCUGCUCUGCAUGGUCUAUUUGAUGCUGCUAAAAAGGAAGUUUAUUGGAAUUGUAUUGUAUGUAGAGGAGAAGAGGAGAAGAGGCCAGAACUGUUUUUUUUUUUUUUUUGGCCUGGCAGAGGAGAAGGUCAAAACUGUGAACUAUAUAGAUGAAUUGGAUGGGAUUCUGAAUUGGCAACAUAGGUUUAUGCAUUUGGGUAAUGGUAUUUAUAUGAUGCAGAACUGUUAUUUAGGAGAUAUCUAGUUAGAGUAGAGAUCUAAUUGGAAUGGUAAUGUUGAGGUAGAAACCAUGGCUAUAUAUCCAAUACAUUGGUUGAAUUGUAAGAGACUGCAUGUAAUUUUGAUUUGGAAACGAAGCUUAUGUAUGCAAUGCAAGAUGUGGAGAUUUGGGUUGUAAAUGUGCUGUUACUUUAUUAGAUCAUCUUUGGUAAGUGGGGGUUUUGUGGGAGAUAUCUGAAUUUGGACACUUAAGGGGAAGUCUAAAAUGUUUACCAGAAUGAUGGUUAGUAUUUAUCUCUCUCAUACUAAUUGCAGCAAAUUGUCAAUUUAAGUUUCAACUUUUGUGUGUAAACUGAACCAUCUUUGCUCAUUGUAAGUUUAGAUGGUCUUGUAAACAAGAAAAUUUUUGUUGCCUGUUGAUUCUGUUUUGUAAUUUUCUCCAGGCCAUCAAUUAUGGGUUUGUUUAUUCUGUUCAUCUCUUUAUCUGGAUUGAUAUUAUGUUGAUGUGUGAAGUGAUAGAAGAAACUUAAUGGGGUGGU